AUGGCCUCGAAAAGCGUUUCUGCCCGCGACUUUACCGUCGGCUGGGUGUGCGCUCUACCCGUUGAGUUGGCAGCCGCCGAGGGGAUCAUGGAUGAACAGUUUGCUGAAAUUCCCUCCCCGUCGACCGAUAACAAUAUUUAUUCUUACGGCCGAAUCAAGGACCACAACGUCGUCAUUGUGUGCGUACCCGCCGGACAUAUUGGCACGAACUCGGCUGCCACGGCGGCAAGCCUGAUGAGGAGCAAGUUUCCGUGCCUGCGAUUCGGUUUGCUGGUCGGAAUCGGCAGCGGCGUUCCUAACCUUGACGACGACAUCGACAUACGUCUUGGAGAGGUUGUCAUUAGUCAGCCCGAAGGCCAGCAUGGCGGCGUGAUACAGUACGACUUUGGAAAGACCGGUGCCAAUGGCCGCAUCGCCCGAAUUGGGAGCCUCAAUGCGCCACCGCAAAUCCUCCUCGGCGCUUUAUCCAAGCUCUGUGCCAAUGACUUCUUGAACAAGACACAGAUUCACGCAGUCAGAUUUUGCUUCACCGGGCCCCGAACGGGAUACUCUUUUUGA